UGUAGUGGUUUCUUUUUCUUUCUUUUUUAUUGCUCAGCAGCGUCACUUUUACAACUUGGAAUAACUUUGUAACCUCUUUUAAACCAGAAGUAUCUUUGCAAAAUUCCAAACUUGAGUGAUGUAUUGAGAAUUCAGGCCUUUCAUCAUCAACAAUGGGAAACAUCGUAAAGCCUUUCAAACAACAACAACCUUCUUCAUAUGCUUACCAGCCUCUCACCGUACCUCUAAUUUCAGUAGAGGCACAAAACGAGGAUAUGAAAGACUUCAGCUUCUCGGAAUGGAUGAAAGCAAUGGAGAAAUUCAGACAAGACAGGGUCAAAAUUUGCGAGAAUAGCUGUAUUCGAGCAUUCUACAAGGGCUACAUCGAUGAAACCACAUUUGCACCAUCAAGAACUAAAACAGGUACUCCUGUUUCUGUCAUCGAAUGUGUUCAUAGUACUUCACAGGCUCUGCAAGAGUGGAUGGAAGAAGUGAAGUCUCUAGAAAAACAUUCUCAUCCAAACUUGGUCAAAAUUUUGGGUUACUGUUGUGAAGAUAACGAAUCACUCUUGGUUAACACCAACAAAAGUUCACUCUUGGUUUUAGAAUACUUGCACAAAGGACGUUUAGAUCAUCACAUUUUCGGAAAAGAAGAGGCAUUGCCAUGGGAAACACGGGUUAAGAUUGCCAUUGGAACAGUUCAAGGUCUUGUUUUUCUCCACUCGAUCAAGAAUAGACCGCUACAUUUCGAAUUUAGACCGCAUAAUAUUAUGCUUGACGAGCAAUACAAUGCAAAAUUGUUUUAUCUUGAAUCAAACAAUCAACGUUUGAAAGACGAGAGAUUUAUGGGUAGAACUGAAUACAUACCUCAUGAAUGUGUCAUGUCAGGUUAUGUGGGAAUGGAGACUGAUGUUUACAUAUUUGGCGUGAUCUUGCUUGAGCUUUUAGCUGGUUCAGUAGACAGAUUAACAAAUUUGCAGAAUCAAAGCGCAGGUGCUCGGACUGGAUCUUUCUUGUCCGAAAAUUAUAAGAUUGGCGAAAUAAUCGAUCCCCGACUUGGAACCGAUUAUCCUAUGAAUGCCGCAACACUGAUGGGCAUACUCAUCCAAAGUUGCACCAAGCGGGACAAGAAGAAACGACCAUUGAUGCAACAAGUUUUGGAUGUUCUGAAUAUUAUUGCAGCGACUGAGUACUAAUGUGAGAUGUCCUUAUAUUGG